GCGGAGGCUGCUCAGAAGGACACUGUCAGCUCCCGCUGGCUUGCCCUUGGUGGUGGCGGCGCCUCGGCCGGCCGCUUACGUCAUCCCCUGCGGCCUGCUGCGGCCGUUUCCACGCACUAUAAUCUCGGUGCUUCCCUGUGGACCGAGAGCCACUUUCAAGUGUUUGUCCGUCUCAGUUCUCUCCCUUGCUCCUCGCUUGCUCUCUUAAGUGUUGUCUGUCUGUCUGCUUCUCUCAUGUCCUCAGGCGGAGACCGACUUUCGCUCUCCCCUCUGGCACUAGGCCUGUUGCAUGUGGCGUGUUCUCUUAGCAGCCCACCCUGGCCUGCCGCCAGAGGUACAGGGUUUUCAGCCGCUUUAUCCUUACAGUCACAGACUUCAGUAUUGUGUUGUUGAUUUUUUCCCAUUGUCGGGAAGUUUGAGAUUAGGGCCCACAUUGCUCAGUGAGUCCUGCUCACCUGUGAAUCAGAACAAAGAACCCUGGAUGGUGAAGAGAGAGGAGACAGUAGCAAAGGAUCCAGACAUAGAAACUCGGAGAAGAGCAACAAGAAGAAUGAAUGCUUCUCUAGUAGAUGCUUCCGAGACUCUGUUAUCAUUCAGGGAUGUGACUGUGGACCUCUCGAAGGAAGAAUGGGAAUGCCUAGAUUGUGCUCAGAGGGCAUUGUACAUAGAUGUAAUGUUGGAGAAUUACAACAAUCUAGUCUUUGUAGGGAACCACUGCAUAUGUUAUAAAUAUGAGAAUGUCUUGGAUGAAAGAUCAAAGCAUACUGUUCAUCAGCAUGUGUGUACCCAAGCAAAGCCUUGUAAUGAGCCUGGCAAAAUUGUUUAUGAAUCCUCCCAAUAUACACCUUGUAAUACUAGCGAUAGCACAGGAAUCUUCAACAAGUACAUAUUUGGUAACCACGGAGAUUCCUCUGUUGAAUCAUUAAAUGUAAACAGACAUAAAAGUGGAGACUCUGCAGAAGAACCUUGCAAAGGUGUAGGCUGUUUAAACUGUUUAAAUUUGUGUUUCAUCAUUAGUCAAAAUCAAAGUGUCCAGGCAGAAAAGAUAGAAAACAAAAAUACAGAGCAUGAUAAAUCUUCUGACUCUAAACAUAAACUCAUGCUGGGAAGAACCAAUAGUGGAAAGAAACCACACCUAAGCCAAAAGUAUGGAAAAUGCUUCAAGAUAGACUCAAGGCUUAGUAGUCAUCAUAGAGAAAAUACUAAACAGAAACACAAAGUUCAUUGCAAGUUCCAUUAUGGAGAAAAAACCAACAAAUGUACAGAGUGUCCUAAGUGCUCUUACCAUACGUCAGAAUUUAAAAGACAUUCCAGGGUGCAUUCUGUUGAGCACACUUCCAAAUAUAGUGAAUGUGACAAAUCCUUUGUCAGUUCUUCAGAUCUUAGAAAACAUCAGAGAUUUCAUACAGGAGAGAAACCUCACAAUUGUAGUGAAUUUAACAAAUCCUCUACCAUUGCCUCACAUACUAGAACUCAUCAGAGAAAUAGCAGAGAUAAUCCUUACAAAUGUGGUGAAUGCGACAAAUCCUUUAUCAACUGCUCAGUUCUUAAAAGACAUCAGAGAAUUCAUACAGGAGUGAAACCUUACAAAUGUAGCGAUUGUGACAAAUCCUUUAUCAGUUGCUCAGAUCUUAGAACUCAUCAGAGAAUUCAUACAGGAGAGAAACCUUACAAAUGUAGUGAAUGUGACAAAUCCUUUAUCACUUGCUCAGUUCUAAGAAGACAUCAGAGAAUUCAUACAGGAGAGACACCUUACAAAUGUAUUGAAUGUGACAAAUCCUUUAUCAGUUGCUCAGAUCUUAGAAGACAUCAGAGAAUUCAUACCAGAGAGAAACCUUACAAAUGUAGUGAGUGUGACAAAUGCUUUACACAGCAAAGCCAUCUCAGAAGUCAUCAGAGAACUCAUAGACGAGAAAAACCUUACAAAUGUAGUAAAUGUGACAAGUCUGUUAUCAAUUGCUCAGUUUUUAGAAGAUGUAAAAGAAGUAAUACUGGAGACAAACGUUUCAAAUGUGGUGAAUGCAACAAAUCUUUUAUCAGUUGCUCAGUUCUUAGAAGACAUCAAAGAAUUCAUACAGGAGAGGCACCUUACAAAUGUAGUGAGUGUGACAAAUCCUUUAUCACUUGCUCAGAUCUUAGAAGACAUCAGAGAAUUCAUACCAGAGAGAAACCUUAUAAAUGUAGUGAAUGUGACAAAUCCUUUACACAGAAAGGCCAUCUCCGAAGUCAUCUGAGAAUCCAUAUACGAGAAAAACCUUACAAAUGUAGUGAAUGUGACAAAUCCUUUAUCAGUUGCUCAGUUCGUAGAAGAUAUCAGAGACGUCAUACUGGAGACAAACCUUUCAAAUGUGGUGAAUGCGACAAAUCUUUUAUCAGCUGCUCAGUUCUUAGAAGACAUCAGAGAAUUCAUACAGGGGAGAAACCUUACAAAUGUAGUGAAUGUGACAAAACUUUUAUCACUUGCUCAGAUCUUAGAACUCAUCAGAGAAUUCAUACAGGAGAGAAACCUUUCAAAUGUAGUAAAUGUGACAAAUCCUUUAUCACUUCCUCAAUUCUUAGAAGACAUCAGAGAAUUCAUACAGGAGACAAACCUUACAAAUGCAGUGAAUGUGACAAAUCCUUUAUCACUUGCUCAGAUCUUAGAAGACAUCAGAAAAUUCAUGCAGGAGACAAACCUUAUAAAUGUAGUGAAUGUGACAAAUCCUUUAACCAGAAAAGCACUCUUAUAACUCAUCAGAGAAUUCAUACGGGAGAGAAAUCCUAAAAAUGUACUCAUCUCUUAGAUGACAUUAGAGUAUUCAUACAGAAGAGCAACAUUACAAACAUAGUCAAUGCAAGAAAUCUUUGCCCACAAAUCACCCUGAGAACAUAUCAAAGAAUUCAUACCAGAGAGAAUCUUUACAAUGUAAUAUAUGAGGGAAAGCCUUUACUGCCUCUCACGUCUAUGGAAAACCUCUGAAAAGUCAUAAUAGGGGAGAAAAGUUUCCAUAGGAAAUAAUGUGGCAUAUUCAUUCAUAUUCUGCCUUAGUAAUACUUAAGGCUUCACACUACAGAAUAAUUGUGAGCAUGAGAAAUGUGAAAGCUUUUAAAUAACUUUAAAAUCUUAGAAUACAUCAAGAGUUUAUACUGAGGGAAAUUCUGAAAAUGUUUUCUUUUUAAACUGUGAAACGUUCAAUACUUCAAUAUGAAUAUAAAACACAGAAACCUGUAGAAUGUACUGUUGUGUAGCAGUUUACUGGAGACUGAAGCGAUCCCUCUUGGAAGGGAGCUGACUAAAGCAUGAAAUAUACACCUCCAAAUAGCUUCAAGAAAUCUCUGAAACUGACAGGAUUCAGUAUGAUUAACUCAAGAAACUCAGACAGAUCAUAUAGCUUGAAGAGGGUUUGACAAAAUGAUCUAUCGAGAUAUGAUGCUCUUUUACUUGUAGAUAUGCCUGCAGGUGUUCAGUGUGCUCCAGGUGUCCUAUAUUCAUAUGCUGUAUCCCAUGCUUGUUUGGAGCUUCAUGAUAACAACUGUGUUUGAGUCCCCUGUGCUCCAGUAAGCAACUGCUUCCCUAUAUUCCUCGAAGUAACUGCAAUAAAUCUCAUUGAUUCAGCAAA